AUGGCUUGUAAACCUGGUUGGUUUGGAACCUUUAUCUGCCUCUAUUGCACAAUCUACACCAUCAUUUUCUUUUUUGUUCUUCUCUCAAUUGUUUUUUGGAUAGUAAUCUCCCCUUCAAGCGUGAAAUUCCAUGUAACCGACGCUACUCUCACCGAGUUUAACCUCACAAACAACAACAAUACAUUAUACUACAAUUUCAAACUCAACGUCACCGUGAGAAACCCCAACAACAAUAUCAUAGUCUAUUAUCGAAGAAUCACUGCAUUUGCUUGGUACAAAGACAAUAAUUUUGGUUAUAUCAAACUCGGACGUAAACAAGUUGAUGAGUAUAGCGAAGAGACGCGUGUUGGGAUUUACAAUGAUUUGGCAGUUGAUUUUGAUAUUAAAAUUAGAGCUAAGUUUGGAAGCUUUUAUAAGAGUGGAAGGUUUAAUACACCGGUUGUGCAGUGUCGUCGUUUGAGAGUUCCUUUGAUUUCUGCUAACUCAUCAUCAUCAUCAACCACAUUUUCUUUUAGUGAGAGAAGAUGUAGCAGCGCUUCUUUCUUUACGGAUCGUGAUGCAAAUGCAGGAGCUUGA